GUCAACAACAAGAUCUCAAUAGCUCAACCCCGCUGUUGCAGAGCAAAAUGAUCCGGCAAGACUUCCGCAGAAUUGACCCGAAGAGAAGGGCCACGCUUGACCAUAAAAAGAAACAAUUCGCAGCACCCGUCUUCAAGCAACAGGACUAUCCGCAUCGCUUGAACUUCUAUGAAAUCCCCCCCACCGAGGAGAUCACUCUCGAACAGUUUGAGCAAUGGGCUAUUGAUCGGCUGAAAGUUUUGGCCGAAAUCGAAGCCUGCUCUUAUCGAAACAAAUCGCCCGCGGAGACGGAAGCGCACAUCACGCCUCACCUUCAAAAAUUUCUCCCCCUUUCCUCUAAUACAUCCUCCUCCAACGGUGCGGCAGACCAGCGACUGAAAAAUGAACGCCAAAAAGACCACUAUUCCCACUUCAUCCUUCGCCUGGCGUUUUCGGCCACCGAGGAGCUCCGCAGGCGGUUCGUGAGAGCCGAAACGAUGCUUUUCAGGUUCCGCUUCCAACGAGACGACACCAGAGAACGACGCGCCUUCAUCGACAGCCUGAAUCUUGACUGGGAGCCGGUUGAAGAUGAAGAGAAGCAGAGACUCUCGGAGCAAUUACUCGGCGCGACCCCGGGUCUCCGACGCCUUGAUGACGAGACCUGGUACAAGGUGGACUGGGAGAAGGUACCGGAGUUGGUUGAGAGACGGGCGGUUUUCUUGUCGAAGGGAAAGGCAUAUGUGCCCGGCAGAGAGCAAUUGAGCAUGAUCAUAGCAGAAUUUACUGCUCGCUUGGAGCGCGCUCUUGAGCUUACGAGUCGGGCCUUACCACGGUUGGACGAAGAUGAUCGCCUCACUCCAAUCCUCAACCAUCUCUCGAAGAACUUUGGAAGUGCCGAGUCCGUGUACACGGAGAACGAGGGAUUCGUCGACGGCGCACCGAUCACGGCGAACAAUAUUGACCGACUAUCCCAACAUUUCCCGCUGUGCAUGCGCAGUCUUCACAUGAACCUGCGCAAGAAUCACCACCUGAAGCACUACGGACGACUACAAUAUACGCUUUUCCUCAAGGGAAUCGGCCUGUCAUUGGAGGAAUGUAUUGUUUUCUGGCGCCAAGGCUUCAAGGGCUUCACGGACGACGAAUUCAACUCGCGGUACAAGUAUAAUAUUCGUCACGCUUAUGGCGAUGUGGGCGGCGACCAAAACCGCAGAGGCCGCGGAUAUCCUCCUUACUCGUGCCAGAAGAUCCUCAAUGAUUCAAAUCCGGGUGUCGGGCAGACCCAUGGAUGCCCGUACCGCCACUUCUCUAUUGACAACCUAAUCGGUCUUCUUCAGUCCACCGGUGUCAAUGACAGGGAUGUCCUGCGCGGGGUGCGAGAGGAUGUCGAGAAAAUGCGGUUCCAUAUCGCUUGCAAUCGCGUCUUUGAGUGGACCCACAAAGCAGAUAUCAAGAGGGUCAAGGAGGACGGAACCUGGAACCAGACCGAUCUCGACACCAUUGUUCAUCCCAACACCUACUUCAAGCGCAGUUAUCUCUUGAAGCAAAUGGGGAAGGCACCGAAGAAUACCUAACAUCAUUGUGAUAGGUCCACGAAGCCACGUUCCUUUUGCAUUUGUCGGUUUGCGGAGAUUUCACCACGCGGGCGUUUCGGGUCAGGCUUUUGGAAACGGGAGGACACCAUGGUCCUGGUUCUUAGGUAGAUAUUUAUAUGUAAAUUGAGAGCAUGGAACCCCCAAGCGGUCCAAUUCGAG